AUGAUUGCAACUAGCACGUAUAGAAAGAGACUACCACGGGAACCAAAAUGGGGACAUUUGAGAGAUCUGCAUAAGGCUAUCAAAUUAUGUGAAUCAGCUUUAGUUUCUGUAGAUCCCACAGUGACCUCACUUGGAAAUAAUCAAGAGGCUCAUGUAUUCAAGUCAAAAUCUGGUGCUUGUUCUGCAUUUCUUGCAAAUUAUGACACAAAAUCCUCCGCAAAGGUGUCCUUUGGGAAUGCACAAUAUGACCUGCCAGCUUGGUCCAUUAGCAUUCUUCCUGACUGCAAAACUGUUGUUUUUAACACUGCAAGGCUUGGUGCCCAAAGCUCACAGAUAAAGAUGACAUCUGUGAAUAGCGCAUUUUCGUGGCAGUCUUACAAUGAGGAAACUGCCUCUGCUGAUGAUGAUGAUGCAACUACAAUGGUUGGGCUCUGGGAACAAGUAAAUGUCACUAGAGAUGUUACAGACUAUUUGUGGUACCUGACAGAUAUCAAUAUAGAUCCUAGUGAAGGGUUUCUAAAGAAUGGACAGUCUCCUCUUCUCACAAUAUAUUCAGCAGGUCAUGCGUUGCAUGUUUUCAUCAAUGGUCAACUAUCAGGAACUGUUUAUGGGGGACUGGAGAAUCCUAAAUUAACUUUUAGUGACUAUAUCAAGCUGGGGGCUGGCAUCAACAAGAUUUCUUUAUUAAGUGUUGCUGUGGGUCUUCCAAAUGUUGGCACGCAUUUUGAGACAUGGAAUGCUGGGGUUUUAGGCCCAGUCACUUUGAAGGGUCUCAAUGAGGGGACAAGAGAUCUGUCAAAGCAGAAAUGGUCAUACAAGAUAGGUCUGAAAGGUGAAGCUUUAAGCCUUCAUACUGUUAGUGGAAGUUCCUCUGUUGAAUGGGUGAAGGGAUCAUUAGUGGCUAGAAAACAACCUUUGACAUGGUACAAGGCUACUUUUAGUGCACCAGGAGGCAAUGAACCAUUAGCUUUAGAUAUGAAUAGCAUGGGAAAAGGUCAAAUAUGGAUAAAUGGUCAGAGCAUCGGACGCCACUGGCCUGCAUAUAUAGCACGUGGUGGUUGUGGCGAUUGUAGUUAUGCUGGGACUUAUACUGAUAAGAAAUGCCGAACUAAUUGUGGAGAGGCCUCUCAAAGAUGGUACCAUGUUCCACGCUCAUGGCUGAAUUCGGGUGGGAACCUACUGGUUGUGUUUGAUGAAUGGGGCGGUGACCCAACUGGGAUUUCUUUGGUAAAAAGAACGACAGGAAGUGUCUGUGCUGAUAUCUUUGAAGGGCAGCCGACACUGAAGAGCUGGGAUAUGCUAACUUCUGGCAAAAUCAACAGACCAAAAGCCCAUUUAUGGUGCCCACCUGGGCAGAAAAUCUCUCAAAUUAAGUUUGCUAGCUAUGGAAUGCCUCAGGGAACAUGUGGAAGCUUUAGAGAAGGGAGCUGUCAUGCGCACAAGUCCUAUGAUGCUGCUGAAAAGAACUGCAUUGGACAGGAAUCAUGUUCAGUAACUGUUGCUCCUGAAGUUUUUGGAGGGGAUCCAUGUCCAGGUAACAUGAAGAAGUUCUCUGUUGAGGCUGUCUGCAGUUAAAUAUAGCAGCUUCCGUAACCUACAAAAUAAAUGAUGAGCCAGUGGCUCAUCUCAGUACAUAAAAAUACAUACAUCCCAAAUUGACAAGGUGACUGAUUCGACUCUGCACAAGGACAUAAGCAUAGAGCCGUGCCACAUGCCACACGGCCAAAGCCAAUUGUAGAUAGUGAAGAUUAUUCCAAACAUGCAUCAAAGAUGCUUCAUUUGUAUAGGCAAGCCAGUCAUUUGUCAAAUAUAGUUUUAUACGUCAUACAUAGGGCUUAUUACCGGAUGAGAGUCUAGCCAUUUAGACAGACAAGCCUUUAACUUGCUGUUGAUUGUUAUGUAAUUUUCUGUGAAAGCAGUUUCCUAAGAAUAAAUUGGAAAGUAAUAAAAUCUACCCGGUGAAUUGCAGCUUGAUUUA